AUGGUCUCCCAAGCCCCCGAGGUUGCGAAGGCGCCGAACACCACAGCCUUCUCCCCUGAACGGUGGGCCCUGAGGUCCCACGCUGAGUGCACCCGGGGGCCCCGCCAUCCGCCAGCCAGCCCGCAGCACACCCCUGCACCUCCUCCUCGCCCCGCCUCUCCGCAAGGGGCCCGCUUCCCGUCCUACCCUACAGUGCCGGCGAGCGACUGCCCCUUCCCCAGCCCCCGGAGCGGGGUCGUCCCGUCUCCGGGGGGCUUAGGGAAGGAACCCGAGCCGGCUCCUGCCCGCUGUGCACGGGGUCUGGAGCUGGGAAAGGUGGCGAGGACACCAGGCCACACUCCCCCCACCCCCGGGCGCGGCCGGCGCGCCUUGGGGGGCCGUGUGGUCAGCCUGGCGGCGCCCCGUGUGCCCACGGGGCCCCUGCCGAAGGAGACACCCAGCCCGCUGUCCAGGAAGGAGGGGCCGGCGGCCCGGCGGCCCAGCCUCCCCUUCCUGGGCCCUGGAGGGCAACAGGUGUCCGGCCGUUCCCAGCCGGGGGGGCUCCGGGCGGCGGGGCCAGGCCGCCCCGCUGCAGCGGGGGCGAAGCGGCGCCUGUCAUCACCCGGGUGGGAACGUGCCAGACGGGCAGGGCGCGCGCCCCGCCCCCCGCAGGGCCGCAAGGUCGGCGCCCGCCCCCCGCAGGGCCGCAGGGUCGGCGCCCAGCCCCCGCAGGGCCGCAAGGUCGGCGCCCCCGGCGGCUGGCUCGUGUCCUCUGACAGCGCUGGCGCUCACCCUGCCCCGGGCCGCAGAGCCUUCCGGAUUCCGCGAAUGAAGCCAUCAGACGAGGCGAGGGCGGAGGCGGGCGGAGGCGGGCGGGCUCCCCUCCGCCCGUGUCGGCCAUGGAUGGGUGGUCGGAAGGCCCCGGAGCCCGGCCGUGAGCCCAGAGGCCGCAGCCUUCUCCUGAUGAGGGUGGAGGGCGGCCUGCUGGCGGGGGUGGAGCAGGCGAGGCCCGGGGAGGCCUGUGGCAGGAGGGAGGGUGGGCGCGGGGCGCGCCGGGACCCCUCACCGAGGGGGGCGAGGCGCGGCGAGGCGGGCAGGCCGGGGGCUGACCGAGGGCCGGCGAGCGGGGAACCGCGCAGCGCGGCAGCGUCGCUGUGCUGCUGGCAAAUGCAGCCGUGCGCCUACGUGGUGCGCACGGGCGUGUACCGCAUGCACGCCCGGUGUGACCGCAACCCAGGCCCCCCGGGGCCGGCCCCCCCCCGGGAAUUCGCCCGGGACCAGCCCGGAAGCCACGUUCUCCGGGACGCAGCCCCGGGGUCUCCGGCCCCAGCGGGGCGCACGGAGCUCUCCGCUCUCCGGCACGCAGGAGGGCCGUUCGUCCACCCGCUGCGCGGGGCUCACAGGGCCCUGUCCACACCGCCUGUCACCUGCGGGGCACAGGCUGCGCGGGGCUCACAGGGCCCUGUCCACACCGCCUGUCACCUGCGGGGCACAGGCUGCGCGGGGCUCACAGGGCCCUGUCUACACCGCCUGUCAGGGGCACAGGCUGCGCGGGGCUCACAGGGCCCUGUCCACACCGCCUGUCACCUGCGGGGCACAGCUGCGCGGGGCUCACAGGGCCCUGUCCACACCGCCUGUCAGGGGCACAGGCUGCGCGGGGCUCACAGGGCCCUGUCUACACCGCCUGUCACCUGCGGGGCACAGGCUGUGCGGGGCUCACAGGGCCCUGUCCACACCGCCUGUCACCUGCGGGGCUCAGGCUGCUCCAGGAUCACAGGGCCCUGUCCACCACCGCCUGUCACCUGCGGGGCACAGGCUGCGCGGAGCUCACAGGGCCCUGUCCACACCGCCUGUCACCUGCGGGGCACAGGCUGCGCGGGCUCACAGGGCCCUGUCCACACCGCCUGUCACCUGCGGGGCACAGGCUGCGCGGGGCUCACAGGGCCCUGUCUACACCGCCUGUCAGGGGCACAGGCUGCGCGGGGCUCCACAGGGCCCUGUCCACACCGCCUGUCACCUGCGGGGCACAGGCUGCGCGGGGCUCACAGGGCCCUGUCCACACCGCCUGUCAGGGGCACAGGCUGCGCGGGGCUCACAGGGCCCUGUCCACACCGCCUGUCAGGGGCACAGGCUGCGCGGGGCUCACAGGGCCCUGUCCACACCGCCUGUCACCUGCGGGGGCACCGGCUGCGCGGGGCUCACAGGGCCCUGUCCACACCGCCUGUCACCUGCGGGGCACAGGCUGCGCGGGGCUCACAGGGCCCUGUCCACACCGCCUGUCACCUGCGGGACACAGGCUGCGCGGGGCUCACAGGGCCCUGUCCACACCGCCUGUCACCUGCGGGGCACAGGCUGCUCCGGGAUCACAGGGCCCUGUCCACACCGCCUGUCACCUGCGGGGCACAGGCUGCGCGGGGCUCACAGGGCCCUGUCCACACCGCCUGUCACCUGCGGGGCACAGGCCUGCGCGGGGCUCACAGGGCCCUGUCCACACCGCCUGUCACCUGCGGGGCACAGGCUGCUCCGGGAUCACAGGGCCCUGUCCACACCGCCUGUCACCUGCGGGGCACAGGCUGCGCGGGGCUCACAGGGCCCUGUCCACACCGCCUGUCACCUGCGGGGCACAGGCUGCUCCGGGAUCACAGGGCCCUGUCCACACCGCCUGUCAGGGGCACAGGCUGCGCGGGGCUCACAGGGCCCUGUCCACACCACCUGUGUCACCUGAGGGGCACAGGCUGCGCGGGGCUCACAGGGCCCUGUCCACACCGCCUGUCACCUGCGGGGCACCGGCUGCGCGGGGCUCACAGGGCCCUGUCCACACCGCCUGUCACCUGCGGGGCACCGGCUGCGCGGGGCUCACAGGGCCCUGUCCACACCGCCUGUCAGGGGCACAGGCUGCGCGGGGCUCACAGGGCCCUGUCCACACCGCCUGUCACCUGCGGGGGCACAGGCUGCACAGGGCUCACAGGGCCCUGUCCACACCACCUGUGUCACCUGCGGGGCAUCCGGGUGGACACCUGGGGAAGGACACCCCAGCGAGACCGAGACAGGGACAGUGGGUCCCGCGGGGGCCUGCACAGCCCUCGGGAAGGGUCAAGAGGACAGGAGCACAGAGCGCCCCCUCGCGAUGGGAGAACAGUGGAGUGGAGGGAAGAGCACCCCACUAGGGGCCCCCGAAGUCCCCACGAGGCAGGGGGGAGCACCUGGCCCAGGGACAUAGAACGGGCACAAAAUGUGAGGAGAGUCCCCAAACUGCACCGGCGGGAAUCGCACGAAGCCUCAUCCACCGGAUCCCCCAAACCCAGCCUGUGGGGGACGCCAGGGGACGCCGACCGCGUGGGGUCACCAGGCGGGGACAGGGCCUCUUCAAAGACCACGGAGGAGCAGCGGUCACAGGGCUCACACAGCCCAGAGCCCCCGUCCCGUCACCCAGGCCUUCUGAUUGUCAUCUGUCACCUCCUGCCCCCAGGAAGGAAUGCAGACCCCGAGAUAGACGAGGGGGGCGGUGGGGAGGGGCCGGCCUCGGAACGGAGUUAUCAGCACUCGGCCUAUAGCUUCACUCAACACCUUGUCAAAGGUGACGGGGCAGCUGUCCUGCUUCCUCCACGCCGGUGUCUCAAGAAAACAGCAAUGCGCCCCGAGAGCUGA